AUGGAGGAUCUCAAUUUGACAGAAACCGAAAUGAGAUAUUUCGGUGAUUUGUUUUUAUGUUGUGACGAAGAAUCCAAUGGGAAAAUACCAAUAUUAAAAGCAACAGAAUUAUUUCGUUCGUCAAAUGUACACAACGAUGUCCUAAAACAGAUCAUGGAUAUAAGCGUUGCUCCUAAUAACUGUGCGUCACUGAGUCAUAUGAACAGAAAACAAUUUUAUUCAGCACUGAAACUAAUAGCAGCCCAUCAGACAAAUAUGACAGUGAAGCCUGAUCUGUUGUCAACUCCUUUGGACUUGCCUCUGCCGAGGUUUACAUGGGCACUAAACUCCGAGGCGAACGCUGACCUGAUACAAUUAUCUAAUUCCCCCCAUGAACACCAACUCCACCUGAGUAAAAGAGAAAGAAACUUUGGUGGAACACUUGGUGCAUAUGAGCCUAUAAGACUGUCAUCAAACUUGUCUGAUAGCGAUGUCCCUCAGGCCCUGUCUCACGAUACUACUGAAGGACUUAGUACAGACUCGGAAAUUGAAUCUGAAACCCUGUCACAGAGAUCUGGAUCCCGUGGGAGAAGAGUCGGGAAGAAUGGCUCCCCUUGGAGUACGGCAAGCGAGAGUCCCACUCCGACGAACAGCGUGGCUGAGAGAGUACAUCCUGUGUGGGAACAUAGCGCCACUGGUCGAGGGGUGUGGCCUGCUAACACUGGAGAAGAACACACGAGACUACUUGGAACGGAAGAGGAGUCCUCAGACCGUCAUUCGUCUGAAGAAGAGGGCGAUGGAGUAGACGACAUCUGGGCCAUCAGCGACGCGCAGGCGCGACACUACGCUGGACAGUUCGCGCAGCUGCGGCCCGAGCGAGGCAUGCUGUCUGGACAAACUGCUAGGUUAUUUUUCGAAAAAUCGCACCUACCUGUACCCGACUUGCGAAAAAUAUGGCAACUAUCAGACAUCAACAAGGAUGGCAUGCUAACACUGGAGGAGUUCAGCAUAGCGAUGCACCUGAUAGUGCUGAGGCGGAACAACAUCCCGGUGCCCGAUGUACUACCUGCGUGCCUCGUGCCCAGGGUGGACUCACGGUACUCCAAGCAGGCCGUCACCACCGACCUCGUGGACCUCGGCGCCGACAUGUUCAGCUCCGGUACUUCCGCAGAUUUCAACUUCGCACCCAAACCCGAAACGCACGACCCUUACGACGCGACAAAGGUGACUAAGAAACUUGAAGAGCGACAGCCCUCCCUGACCCCGCCGAAAAUUGAAGGGCAAGUGAACAACAAGGAGUGGACCAAGUUCGUAGACUCCCCCACCUCUAGUGUAUCCAGCCCGGGACCUAAACCUGUCAACUUUGAUUUUCACAAGUCUGCGGUGGAGCGAGACCCUAAGAUCUUCCACCCAGUGGCCGUGCGCGUCACUCCUGACGGUAACUCGCUGCCAGCGCAUGGCGAAGGGGACACGCGGUCUAGCACGUCGCCACGUCGCGAUGACUUCGCGCACGCCUUCGAGCUGGCCAGCCCCAAGCGACUCCACGCCGCACCUCCCGCCGAACCACCGCCCAAUGGCGCUGAGAUCAAGUCUAUCCAACGACCACAGCCUCGCAAGCCACUGAAGGCAGCCGGUGCACUGCCCCCGCCACCCGCACGAGACACCUCGCACGAUGACGGGCCGCAGUCCCUCCAGUUUGCCCCCAAGAAGGAGCCCCCGCCGCCCCCUCCCCCGCGUCCCCUGCGCAACCACGCGCGCUCCAGCUCGCUGGACCUGACGCGGCUGAAGGCGCCGGCCCCUCCACCAGCCCCGCCACCGCGGUCCUCGCCUCCCGGCGCAGAGCGGCGGUUGGCGGCGCAGCGCAGCGAGGGCGAGGCGUCGGUAGGGUCUGGGUUCCCGCCGGACCCGCUGGAGAGCGAGGCGCCGGUGAUGCACGGCGCGUUCGAGGUGUACCGGCGCGGGCGCGGGUCGCCGGCGGCGGCGGCGGACGUGCGCGCGCUGCAGGAGCAGAACGCCGUGCUGCACCGCGUGUGCCGCGCGCUGUGCGCCGAGCUGGCCGACGUCACGCGCGACCGCGAGGCGCUGCGCCUGCGCCUCGACAACUCCACGUCCCAGCUCUAG